CUUAAUAAUAAGGCAUUAAUGCAAUUAUUCUAUAAUGGCUUAAAGGAAAAGGUUAAGGACAAGCUAUAUAAGUAUAAUCAACCUAAGACUCUAGAUAAAUAUAUCCCUAGCCUAGGUAUUAUGGAACCGGACAAGAUAUAUAGGACUCGUGCUAGAAAACGAGGUCGAAUAAACGGAACCAUAGUUAAGGCUAACGACAAGAAAAAGCGAGUAUACGUCAGUACCUCGUACAGGACGUACCCCGGAGCUAUAGAUAUAGAUAUAGCGUAG